GUCCUCUCACCUGUAAUGGUAAAUGGCAUAAUACCGUCGUGGUUGCGGAUUUCUUAAACAUGAGUUGCGAAAUACGGAAGUUCACACUGCUUUCGUUCGGUCUCUAGUUAGUUUUAUUUUCUCUCAGUAGUUAGAGCUGGUCUCCGGCUAUGUGGGGAUAAAAGAAGAGACUCUGACGUCAGUCUACCCGAACUUCACUGAACUGCUUGGAAAACUUUGAUCGGAGGAUGUUCUUCAGUAAUCGAGAGGACGAUGUGCCUCUGCACGAGCUGGACAAUGGAAAUGAGCCUUUGCUUCCAUCACAGCGUAACUCUCCUCGAUUAUAUGACUAUGUCCUGGUGGCUGAUAAAGUGGAGGACAUGGAGGACCAAAUAUUCAAGAAGCAAGAUGCCUUUAUCUGUGAACUAAAACAAAAGGACAUUAAAGUGACUAGAAUUGACCAUCAUGCAAAGGUGUUCUUCGGCAUCUGUGCACCUGAGGAGAUAUUUGCGAAGUACAAGUAUUUGCUAAAGGUGUCUGAUGCCUGUAAUUGGAGCGGAGAGCAAAAGUGUGACUUGUCUGUCUCACUCUGCACCAGAAUCAGGAUUGUCCACUUUGUCUUAUACAAUACGUUUAUAGGAUCAGGAGAGGGCCUUACAGAGCUGUUGUGUCAAGGUGCUUUUGAGUCCAUCUUCUGUCUGCAUGAGAAACAAGAGCAGAAAAAACUAAAGAAAAAGUGGGCAAGCUGGUUGGCAGUCAUGAAGCUUUUUCAACAGCCUGUCACUGAUAUCAAGGACUAUUUUGGGGAGAAAGUGGCACUGUAUUACCUGUGGCUGGGCUGGUACACACGCAUGCUCAUCCCUGCAGCUGUUAUUGGUAUUGUUGUGUUCUUGUACGGCCUUGCCUUCUUCAAUACAAGUCCACUCAUUCAUGAAGUCUGUGACUCCGACAUCAUCAUGUGUCCAAGAUGUGACAUAGGAUGCAGUGUGUGGAACCUGUCUGACACCUGUUCAUAUGCCAAAGUGAGCCAACUAUUUGACAAUGAAGGGACGGUGGCUUUUGCCAUGUUCAUGGCCAUUUGGGCAACUCUGUUCUUGGAGCUGUGGAAGAGACAUCGAGCUCUGUAUGUGUCAAAGUGGAAAGUGUAUGACUGGUGCGAGGAGGAGGAAGAAUUGAUUUUGGAGAUUGUAAAUAACCCUCAGUGUAAGCCAAAAGAGUUCAGACAUUCCUAUCUGCGCAGCAUCGUGGUGCUUCUUUUGGUGACAUUAGUGCUGGUGGUGAUCAUAGGUCUGACCCAUGCUCUGGUCAUCUGCCGUGUUUUAACUGCAAUAUUGCUGUCCAAAAGCGAUUGGGACUUUCUGCGUGAUCAUGCCACCACAAUAGCCAUGUUAUCUGGAGCAGUGCUGCACUACAUUACUAUUCAGGUUAUGACUCGGGUCAACAAAAUUGUGGCCUUCAAACUGUGUGAGUUUGAAAAGACCCGCUCUUUUGCAGCCACAGAGAAGCACUUCACAGUGAAGAUGUUCACAUUUCAAUUCUUCACUCUCUUCUCAUCUCUAUUUUAUGUGGCAUUCUUUCUAGGAAGGAUCAAUGGCUAUCCAGGAAAAUAUGUUCGAAUUGCAGGGGAAUGGAGACUAGAAGAGUGUCAUCCAAGUGGCUGCCUUACAGAUCUCUUCAUCCAGAUGGCUGUUAUUCUGGUGCUCAAACAAACAAUCAACAACAUAUUCGAGUUCACAGUGCCCUGGUUAAAGCUGUGUUUUAAGCGGACGAAAGCCAAGACGGUGAGCAAAAAGUGUGGUAAAUGUUGCCGGAAGGCAUGUCGAGAAGAGGAGGGCAACUUUGACCCAUGUGACCCCUGCAAGCUUCGUAACUGGCUGGAAAAUUAUGACCUCAGUGAAGUUAAUGCUUUCAGCUUGUUUAAUGAGUUUCUGGAAAUGGUUCUUCAGUUCAGUUUCACCACCAUUUUUGUGGCUGCCUUCCCUCUGGCUCCCUUAUUGGCCCUUAUCAAUAACAUUUUUGAGAUCAGACUGGAUGCCAUCAAGAUGGUCAGCCUCGAGCGCCGCCUAGUGCCCAAAAAGACAAAUGACAUUGGUGUGUGGACUAGAAUAUUAGAAGCUGUUGGAGUGAUGGCUGUCAUUGCUAAUGGACUAGUGAUUGGGAUUUCCUCUGACUUCAUACCCCGUCUGGUGUAUCGUUACCAUUAUGGACCUUGUGCUACCAGCAAUAGUACAAGCCUGGACUGUAUGACAGGAUAUAUCAACAACACUCUGGCAACAGCAUUCCUGUCCAAUCCCGAAGUGAGAAAGGACUUCGAGUAUUUGUUAAAGAGUGGAUAUAAUAUUACGAGCUGCAGUUAUAAAGACUACCGCAGUGAUGAAGACCAGAGUCUCACGUCUCAAUUUUGGCUCAUUCUGGCACUCCGCUUUGCUUUUGUUAUUCUGUUUGAGCAUGUAGUGGUGAUGUGCAAAUUUAUUGCUGCCUGGUUUAUACCUGACAAUCCCAUCAGAGUGAAAAACGAGAGGCUAGAGGACAAACUGAAAAGACUGCAAAAGGAACUUCAUGAAGCAAAUGCAAUAUAUUCCAGCAAAUGCACUGAGGUGUGAAUGAUGAAGGUUCAAACCAGAUUCUUUUAUAUUGGAGAUAUGAAAACCUGACUUCCGUGUGCACAACAAGACUUGACACAAGGAAGAAAUCGGUAUUUGACUGAGAUCACUGCAACCGUACGUGGGAUGCAUCUCUUCACUACUUUCAGAGCCAUUUUUGGAGCUUUGCUCUCUUUGCAGUUUACAGUUUUCCCUUAAGAUGAGUCAUAUUUGCUGUGCUUCGGAGGGGAUACACCAUGCAUCUUUUUGGUUGCAUCAUUAAUUAUAUUUCUGAGCAAUGAAAGAAAAUUUGCCUUUUUUUAAAAAAAGAACUGUGAACAUCGGACAGUUGAUGCAUUUUUAUUUAGUAUGAAAAAUUCCAACAAGCCUAAAUGUAUCCAUUAAUUUUGUCACCUAAAAUGUUAUUUUACGAUGAUUUAUGUUGCCUAGAUGAAUAUUUAUAAAUUUUGAUGUUUACUUUUAAAAAGUAAGAAAGUUUCAAAUAUUCUUUGGCUUCCCUGACUUUUUGUGUAAAUGCAACAACCUGAAUGUGACAUAAAAGUAUGUGUUUGUGUCCGUGGCUUUUCUAGACAAUUGUCUUUCUCAUUGAAUAUAAAUAUAUUUUGAUAUUGUAUUUUUGAUAUUGCCCUGUUGAUGUACUAAUUAAUUGGGUUCCAGGAAUGAAGUAAUGGGAUGAAAUAAAUGUUGAAGUUGAAAUAAAACUGCCAACAUUUUUUCCUCCUCAAGGUGUCAGUAGAUAUGCAUGUCUGCACUGCUGAGUUGCUUCAGACAAAGAAUGAAUACUUCUAUUGCACAAAGACAUUCCAUAGUUACUUGGCCAGUGUGUUUUGUCUUAUUCUGUCAGUUGCUUAAGAUAAGCCAAGUUAUAUUAGGUUAUUUCCCACUACAUAAUUUUGCAAGGAUUUGAUAGUAGAAAUAAUAGUAAAUAGAAUGUGAAGAAAGCUUGUUCUUUCUUUCUUUUUUGUUGUCCUAAAAUAUUCACAAUCGUCCUUUUUUUAUGUAUCUUCUAAUAGUCUUUGUAGAUUAAUGUAAGUGUAGAGAUGAGACAGCUCUGAAUUUUGAAUUUCUAUAUAAAAUGUCAUCUUUUUAUACUCCUUUUUUUUUAAAACUACUGCUUCCUCUAAAUGUUGCCUGGUCACACAUGGGGAACUGAGUAAUUUCAUGUGUGCAUAUUUUUGUGGCUGCGUUGCGCUUUUCUGUUCAGCCAAAUGUACUUGGCUCAUACCA